UUGAAAUUACAACAACUAUAUCAUUUCACUGUCAACUCAUCUAAAAAACAACCCUUUCCUCUCUGGGUUCUUGUUUAGCUUUGACUCUGAACCAGAUUGCUUACUUUGCCUCAAACUUUGUAUUUAUUACUGCUGUUGUAGUAGUAUAAGAAUUACACUGCUCGUUUCGGUUCAAAUUGGGAAGCUUUUGAGAACACCAUGAGUGCUUCCAAGUUCAUUAAAUGUGUUACAGUUGGAGAUGGAGCUGUUGGCAAAACCUGUAUGCUCAUUUGUUACACCAGCAACAAGUUCCCAACCGAUUAUAUACCGACUGUGUUUGAUAAUUUCAGUGCCAAUGUGGCUGUGGAUGGGAGCAUUGUUAACUUGGGCUUAUGGGAUACUGCAGGUCAAGAAGAUUAUAGCAGGCUAAGGCCACUGAGUUACCGAGGUGCAGACAUAUUUGCCUUGGCUUUCUCGUUAAUCAGCAGAGCAAGCUAUGAAAACGUUCUCAAGAAGUGGAUGCCAGAAUUGCGUAGAUUUGCGCCGAAUGUUCCCAUUGUUCUGGUUGGAACAAAAUUAGAUCUUCGGGAUGACAGAGCAUAUCUUGCUGAUCAAAUGGGGUAUGAUAUUAUAACAUCUGCUCAGGGAGAGGAACUGAGGAAACAAAUUGGUGCAGCAGCUUAUAUAGAAUGCAGCUCCAAGACUCAGCAGAACGUCAAGGCCGUUUUCGAUACAGCCAUCAAUGUUGUUCUUCAACCCCCAAGGAGGAAGGAGGUGGCAAGGAUGAAAAGGCGCCGAAGGUCUGGCUGUUUGAUCGUGAGUUUGGUGUGUGGAGGAUGUGAUGCAUAAAUAGGAGAUGACAGUUGUGGGUUGCUAAUCCUAGACAACUGAUGAACAUCCUUACUGGUUUAGACAUAUUCUGCUUCCUGAAAGGGAAUUUCAUCACAUGUUUUUAAUGUUUUUUCGACAUGUUGUG